CAACUGUCUAGAACGUGAAAGGUUUCUCUAUCACUGCCAUCUCACUUUAGGAUCUUUUUAAGACGUUUCGUCUUUCAUUUCGACUGUGAGACGCUCCGUGGAGGAACUUGUUUCGUCUUAACCCAACACGACUUUGUUGUUCUUGUUGACACUUCAAGAUUUAAGAGCACCACCGUGACGUUCGCUAGCCGCUAGCUUCUGUUAGCAUAACAAUGGCACCUACAGGGAAGGAUGCUUCCUCAAAGCUCGUUGGAAACAUGCUUCAUAAAGAUAACAACCACCAACAAAGUGAUAAUUAAUGAAAAAUCUCAAUAAUAAAAUUCUCAAUAAUAUUAUAAAUUAUGUAUCUCAAUUCCCAAACAUGUCAAUAGAAAUAAUCUGUUCCAGGGUCAAGCUGUGGCUGCGAGUGUUUUAACCUCCUUUGACCCGUCUGCACUUUCACCUAGCAUGCUGACCCUGCAACAACUCCUAAGACUUAAUGUAUCAAAGAGGCUCCUGCGGCCGUGAAUUGUUUUUUUUUUUUUUUGUAUGCGGUCCUCACCGGAAAAGGUUUGGACACCGGUGCUGAUCCCGAUACAGCAGAACCCUCAAAGUGCUGUUAUGGAUGCUUUUAUGGCGCAAUAUUGUCAUGCAAGUGUAAUCACAGGCUAAAUAUAUGAUAAUGAGUGAUAAGACCCUGCAGGAUGUACAAGACGCUAGAGGGGGGAUUUGCACUGAACUCUGCUUGUCCUGUGUGUGUGUGUGUGUGUGUGUGUGUGUGUGUGUGUGUGUGGUUAAUGGCGGAUUUCAUGCAGGAGCCCGAGGGCGGCGCUCUCAGCUCCUCAUCAAAAGAACGAAAAGGAAACUUUGACUUUGCUGAGAGGGCAGAAUGAAGGCAUAAAUGUUAGUAGUUAUCAUUUUCAUAACAUUAAGCAUACAAAAAGAUGGCAGAGGAAGGAAGAAGGCAUGGGGGGGAUAAGGUGCUCGUACGUCUCUCGGAUGUCCGAUAUUGGCUUUUUUUGCCAAAAAUCUAUAUGCUGAUAUUGUCCAGCUCUCAAUUUCCAAUACCGGUAUGUGUAACAUGACAUAGCUCCUGUUGGUGAAAUGAACACUUAUGUGUUGCUUACAGCAUUUAUUUAAUAUUGGUUUUCAUGAUAGGGCAAAAAUUCCAUAAUUAUCUGUAUUUUUGUUCUUAUAUUUUACUGCUGAGUGACAAUAAAAAAUCCACAUAGUAUUUAAGGAGGAUGAGUUCAACUUUUAAACGGCAUUAAUGUUUCACAUCAAGAGCAAGAAGCCCGUUCAUUUACAAUGAUGUAAGACACACAACUCGUAAAACACAACUUAAUAAUAAUAAUAAUAAUAAUAAUAAAUAACACCGGCGCUACACCCAGCACUAAGAUGGGAGAAUCUUCGUCAACACAAAGUCGUAAUAAUGGAAUGGUGUGAUGAAAGGAGCAGACUUUACAAGACAGCGUGGAGCAAAAACAUGUCAAGAGAUUUUUGUGACGCGUUAAGCUUAAUUUAAUCUGCAUGGCGUCCAAGUGCAGAGCCAGCGCACUUUAAUUAGUACUUUUCUGGCCAAAAACUGGUUAGCAUCUCAUCUGUCAACUGCAGCUCUUCCUGUCUCAACUAGAAAAUGGUAAUUCCCCUCAAAAGUUGGCUUGAGCGAUGCUGUCGCCAAGACGAAACGCCAAAAAUAGGAAUGAUUUGCGGGGAUUUGAAGAUGAGAGCAUCGUUGGAAGAUGCUAAGCUCUUCCUGAAAAAAGUACAAGGAAGUCGUCAAUUAAGGCCAUGAUCUGGGGUGGCCAAACUUUCCACAAGGGCCAGAUAUACUGGAAAAUCAAUAGUUGUAGGGGGCCGCUUUACACAUGUUUUUUAAUAUGGUAAAAUAAAAAUAAGAAUGUGGGGCAUACAAAAAAUAUUUUUUUUUGUUUCAAAAAUAAAACAUUUUCUGCAAUUUUAUUUUGCCAACAUUUUUGGGCAAAACAUUUUUUUUGUAAAAAUGCCAAUUUUCUUUGUGUGUUUUUUGGAAAAAUAUAUUUUUUACACUUAGUACACCCUUGGCAUAAGGGCAGUACAGCGUGAAAGUAUGCCUCCUAGUGGCUGUGAGUAGAAUCUCUGAUCAAUCUGAUAGCAAUAUAAGUGAUUCAGGCGUACUUUGUUAAAAUCCCCGAUUUAACACCUCGAUUCUGUUAACUGCAGCGCCGCCCAUAUUUGCUGGGUGCCACGUUAGUGCCAAUAACAGUUGUGGCUGUAGGCAACCUCCUGGUGUAGUUUUUCUAUAGCAGUAUCAGCAUUAAAGUAUGCAUGAGUGGUCAGUAUCCAGAAGGUUUAUCUAGCUCUGCAUGCGCUUUAAAGUGUGAAAAAGUCCUAAGUGUUAAUGAGACUUGCCGUAAUGAGCUGGACUGCACAAGUCAUCAGCGCUAUUAAUGCUGACUGAGCAGUUUGUUCCUUAUUGUGAUGACAACAUCGGUUGUGUUGCCGCUGUGUUGUAUCAAUACACUUGCUAAGCGAGCAUGUGGUCGUCUCAUGCGGAGAUGCAGCACCCGAAGGCCGCCCGGUGGUGGGUCGACCCGGCGGGCAGCGUCAGCGUGAGGCCUCACUGAUGUGCACCAAGCAGAGAGGUCAUGGAAGGGUCGAGUCAAUUAGACACGGCCAUUAAGGAGGAGGAGGGAUGAAAGAGUAGCCCAUUACUUUGCACUGAAGACGACCCCCUUGCGUUGCGACGCAGAGCGAUUACCCUGCAGCAGGCUCACAAGAAGGUGUUAUUAGCUAAUUAGUGCUCGUUAGUGCUGCUGAUGCUUAAGACAUAAAUAAGACUCACGCUCAUGUGUGUUGAGCUGAAUGUGUUCCAGCGCGAGCGGAGCUGACUGGUGUUGGGCGUGGGUCAUGGCCGCAACCGUAGUCCAUGCUAGGGAUUUUUGUGAGAUCAUUAGCCACGUAUACAUGGACCCAAAUAUUCCAAUUGCAUUUGGUUUAUUUCCUCAAAUGGAAAGAAUGUAACCUUUGUAUACACCUCAUUCCCAAAGAAAAGUGCCGAAUGAACAUAUAAUGGGAUUCCCAGGGGUGGAAUAUUCCUUUCCCCAAUCAGAUUGAGAUAUCUUGGACCGGCUCAAACGGAAUGUUAUUCUUCAUGGUGUUUUUCUUCUUCUGUUGUUUGUUGGCGGUUGGCAAGCAGCUUGCAUGGAGGAUGUGCAUCAGCGCCAUCUGUGGAACAGAAUCUAAACACAUCUAUACUUUAUUCACAAGUCCAGUUUUAUUAAAAAAGAAAAUAUGUAUCUAUAUAAAACAUGUCCCGAAUUUAAUGAUAAAAUAUUAGCAAGAUUGAAUUUUAUCUUUUCCUGUUUAAAUUUAUCCCGGGUGCGUUCUUUCAGCACAUGCUCAGAUAUGACGUAACACGCAGCUCCAGACGUUCUUCACUUUUAAAAAUGGAGGCCCACAAUCGGCACUGGACUGCUAAGCAAAGUUUUGUUUUUCAUCCAAACUAAAUUCCAAGACAAUACGGAGUUAUUCCAACAAGUCGGUAUCACGUGAUGUUGAUGUUUACGUUUUACUGGGCAUGCCCCAUCGACUAUUCAGUUGGAUUAUAGCGGCGCAUGUAGACUAGAGAUUGGAAUAUUCCUUUCCAUGGAUACCAUUGUUUUUGGAAAGGUCAUUCGGAAAGAGGAAAAACUGCUCAUGUAAACGUGGCUAGUGUUGUUCCAGCAAACAAGUCUGGUGCUUGUGUGUCUGAACGAACAUCAGGGUAACAUGACUGACACCUAGCGAGCAGUGUAGACUACUACAUACUUUUGAAUGCCUUAUAAUUGUCUGUUACUCAAUUUAGCCAUCGGUAUGCUUGAAAAUGCUUCAUGUACGCAUGAAAUAUGUCGCUGCAAAAUUUGAAGCACCAAGUUGCGAGGGAUUGCUGUAUUUUCAACUUUUUGUCCCCCAGCAGUAUACAUAUACUGUCAUGAAAAUACCGAAAGGUGAACUCACAUUUGUGAGUUUUGUGAUAGAUACAAUGGGUCUCUUUUAUACCCCCCCCCCCACCCCCUUUUUCCAGCGUAUUUGUCUUCCCUGCCACUCAUGGAGAUUGCAAAAGAGCUAAAUCCUUGCCACCUUUAAUUCUGUCAAAAAGCAACAAGUCAGCCGUGAGCGUCCUGUGUGUGUUGGAUGGCGUGUAAAGUGCGUUCCAUUAUCAUAUUGUGGUAGUUGGUAGCUUUUUGAGGAUAAGACAGAGAAGAAGACAGAGAGAGACGGGAUUAUGGUAAAGUAGGAAGGUAUUUGCUGCAAGAUGCCGGCACUCUGCAUAUUACUUUGCUCUACAUUCGGUAUGAGCGCAGCAGGGUCUGCACGGAGGGGGCUGGGGGGUUGAGAGGAUGAAGACCGGCCUCGCCUCUCGCUGCCUCCUCCCAGAUGAUAUGAGAUGAGGGAAGCGAGGCUGAGGAGGACAGACGCUGAGGGAGGAAAAGAGGCGAGUUCAAUGUUGACGCCGGCGAAUGAUCACUGAGGAUUUGGGAGACUCAGCAGGUUACGCCAAUGCCGCCAUUGUGACUGAACGUUAAGGACCACCUCCUCUACUCGGAACCACCUGGACCCACGCUGAUUCUUCUUCCACCUCUCGUUCUUUGUGCAAAGCUUGUUUGCGGAGAUGGGGAGGAAGAAGAUCCAGAUCACACGCAUCGUCGACGAGAGGAACCGGCAGGUGACCUUCAUGAAGAGGAAGUUCGGGCUGAUGAAGAAGGCGUACGAGCUGAGCGUGCUGUGCGACUGCGAGAUCGCCCUCAUCAUCUUCAACAGCUCCAACAAGCUCUUCCAGUACGCCAGCACCGACAUGGACAAGGUCCUGCUCAAGUACACCGAGUACAACGAGCCCCACGAGAGCAGAACCAACUCCGACAUCGUGGAGGCGCUGAGCAAGAAGGAGCACCGAAGCUGCGACAGCCCGGACGCCGACGCCACCUACGCCCUGACACCCAACACCGAGGCCAAAUAUAAAAAGAUCAACGAGGAGUUUGAUCACAUGAUGAGGAGUCACAAGAUGUCCACAGGCGUCCCGCAGCACAACUUUAUGCAGGCGGCACCCGGCAACAUGGCGUACAGCCCCGCCACUGCAGGAGGAGUAGGUGGCACCUCUCAGGCUCUCACUGCAGACGGAAGGCUGCUGGCCUCUCAGCACUCACACCUGCACAGGAACGUGAAGUCACCUGACAGGUCUGCCAGCACAGGUGAGCUGCAGGGCACGUCUGAUGUCAGCUUUCACAAUGGAUCAGGACCGGCCGUUAAUGGCUUUGUGGACACACCAGGGGGCGGUAGCAGCGGCCUGGGAAAGAUACUUCCAGCCAACAAAUCCCCUCCACCUCGGAAAUCUGACCUGAGAGUGGUCAUCCCUUCGUCCAAAGGCGGAAUGGCGACACUGAGUGAGCAUGGUCUGUCCGGUCAACCUUUGAGUACGCCGGUGGUCUCCAUUGCCACACCCAGCCUGACCCAGCACACCCUCUACUCUGCCUACAACAACGACUAUCAGCCGAGCAGCUCGGACCUGUCAGGUUUCUCCUCCACUGCGGGAGCAUCUUUAAGCUCCAUGGCGACUUGGCAGCAUCAGCACCACAUGGCCUCGAUGGGCCCAUCCAGCCUGUCCAUCAGCGCCAACCACUGCAUCAGCAUCAAGGCCGAGCCUCCCUCCCCUCCCCGGGACCACCUAGCCAAGUCGGGAUACUCAGCCCGUCCUCGCCACUCCCCCGACCACAGCCCACACGAGGGCGCCAGCGAGCGCGAGGCGCAGGCGAGGAGGCCGGACUUCCUGUCUCUGGCCUCGGGUCGCUUGGAGGGUGGCGAGAGUCCGACGGCCAAGCGGAUGCGCGAGGACAGCUGGGUCACUUAGACGCCAAAGGUUGCCGUUGUGCCAAAUUGUACUGAGCUUUUCUUGACAUUUUCAAGGCGGGUAGGUCACGCGGGUCCAGUUGCAGUACAAUCAGGAGAUCAGGUGAAAGGUCAAUACACGCACUUCCUGGUCGUCUUCUCAGGGUGGACGAAAGCAAUAAUCAUUUUGUCCCGCCUUUUAUUAUAUUAUCUUUUAUUAUUCUUUUAUUUAACACACAAGAUGCUACCAACAUAUGUCUUGUACUGUAUAUAAUAUCUUUAAUAUAUAUGUAUGACCACAUAUGGACAUUAUGUCUUCUUUUCUUUAACUUCAUUAGGUACGCCUGCACAAUCCAGCUUCCCUUCCAAAGCCUGCAGAGUGUGUUUGCCAUCUUUUUGGCCUGUUUUAAUGACAUUUUUCUUUGGAUUCAUUUUUAUUUUCAUGAUGUUAAAUCAUUGUAAUUCUCGUUUUUAGAAUGUAAAUAAAAUGUAUUUGUGGCGAAGCGCCACUACUAAAUGAAUGUAUGGAAAACACUGAUUUACAAUAUGAGCCGAAAAUGUCCCCCAGGCCGCACAAUAUGGACACCUCUGCGUUUGUUGUUGCAGGAGUACCUAAUAAAGUGGAGGGUACAUGUCUCGUCUCAUGGAAUACAUUUACUUUCGUUUCAUCACACUUGUAGAAACUUCCCCACAUCCUGGCGACAGAUGCAAUGAAUUCUUGUCAUUGAUCGCCUGCAAUGCUGCUUUUGAAGCGAUGAAAUAUACAGAAAUACUU